AUGGACAACUACAACAAUUACGGGUCAGGCGGCGGUGGUGGUGGCUUCAUGCCAGGCGAGACCAACAGCCCUUCUGGUGGAAAGUCUGGCGACCGCGAUAACAAGACUCUCCGCCCUGUCACAAUCAAGCAAGUGAAUGACGCCUCGCAGCCCUACCCCGAAGCCAAUUACCAGAUCGACAACGCGGACGUGGCCAACGUGCUCAUCAUCGGCCAGGUACGCAACAUCAGCUCCCAAAGCACGAACAUCACAUACAAAAUCGACGAUGGUACGGGUGAGGUCGAGGUCAAGAAGUGGGUGGACUCAGCCACCGCCGACAGCAUGGACAUGGACGGGGGCAAGGCACACGGCGAUGGCAAGAGCGAGAUCGUAACAGAUGGAUACGCCCGCGUCUUCGGAGCUAUCAAGUCCUUCGGCCACAAGCGCUAUAUUGGUGCCCAUAGCGUGCGCCCCGUGACCGACAUCAACGAAUUGCACUGUCACGUCCUUGAGGCUACUGCCGUGCAUCUGUUCUUCACUCGUGGUCCUCCUGGUGCCCCUGGCGCUGGUGCCAAUGGUGCUGCUGGUGAUGCCGCUAUGGGCGGUGCGGAUGACUACGGUGCGGGUCAGAAUCGCGCUCUCGCAUCCAUGUCGCCCCUCGCUAAGAAGAUCUACAACUUGCUCAAGACCGAGCCCCAGGAUGACACUGGUCUUCACAUGCAGCAGAUUGCCUCGAAACUCAACUUGCCUGCUACAGAUGUUGCUCGUGCCGGUGAGGAGUUGCUCGGAGCGGGUGUAAUUUUCUCGACCAUGGAUGAACAGACAUGGGCUAUUCUCGAGUAUUAA